AUGAUUCAUUCAUUAACUGUAAUAUUAGUUAUUUUACUGUUGGAAAUUUCACAGAUAUCAACUUUAGAGAGAUCAUUUCUAAUCAAAACAAUAUUCAUUUCUUUGGUUGGAACUGCUCUUGAAGAAGUUGUUUUUGAAAUUUGUGAUUGCAGAGUUAUUGAAAGUUCUACAUUUUCAAAUUCCAACAUCAAAUCUAUCAUUUUCAACGAAUAUGUUGAAGAAAUCCAAGAAAAUACAUUUACUGGAAUUGCAAAUCUCAAACGAGUCACAUUCAACAAUCAUGGAAAUAAUUCAGAUAUUAUUUUCAAAACUAAUUGUAUGUCUAACUUAGAUACACUUGAAGAGAUUGUUUUACCAGAAGGCAUCAAUUUAAUCAUCGAAGAUGAUUCAUUGAUCAGUCAAACUCUUUUCAAAAUGAACAUUCCCGAAAAUUGCAAUGUUGAUUAUCGCAAUUUGAUAAAGAACUGUCCAAAACUUCGAUAUAGUUUACCUCCACAUAUUUUAAUUUUACUUUAUAAAAAUACCUUGCCGCACCCUAUACUUGGCUUUAAACUAGCAUUAGUUAUGAUGUAUAGUCAUAAAUAA